CGUUCGCGCUAGAGCUCCCAGCGGCCUCCUUGCAGGCCGUCCCGCACCUCCCAGGCCCCGGCCCGCGUCCGAGUGCCAGGUUGGAGCCGGGAAACGUCCCUGGGGGCAGUGGCGGCGGGGGCAGGAUGAGCGCGGAGGCGGCGGACCGGGAGGCGGCCACCUCCAGCCGGCCCUGCACCCCGCCGCAGACCUGCUGGUUCGAGUUCCUGCUGGAGGAGUCGCUGCUGGAGAAGCAUCUGCGCAAGCCCUGCCCGGAUCCUGCACCAGUUCAACUUAUCGUUCAGUUUUUGGAGCAAGCUUCCAAACCUUCAGUCAACGAGCAAAACCAGGUGCAGCCUCCACCUGAUAACAAGAGAAAUCGCAUCUUAAAAUUACUGGCUCUUAAAGUUGCUGCACAUUUGAAGUGGGACUUGGACGUAUUAGAGAAAAGCCUGUCUGUUCCAGUGUUGAAUAUGCUGCUCAAUGAACUGCUCUGUAUCAGUAAAGUUCCUCCCGGGACAAAGCAUGUAGCCUUGGAUCUGGCCACUCUGCCUCCGACCACUGCCAUGGCUGUCCUGCUGUACAAUCGAUGGGCAAUUAGAACAAUUGUUCAAAGUAGUUUUCCUGUCAAGCAGGUGAAACCUGGACCUCCUCAGUUAAGUGUUAUGAAUCAGAUGCAGCAGGAGAAAGAGUUAACAGAAAACAUUUUGAAAGUGCUAAAAGAACAGGCUGCUGAUUCUAUUUUAGUACUUGAGGCGGCCCUUCCAUUAAACAAGGAUCUUUAUGUCCACACGAUGAGAACUCUAGAUCUAUUGGCUGUGGAACCAGGCACGGCAAAUGGAGAAACUGAGAGUUCUACUGCUGGUUUGAAAAUCAAAACUGAGGAAAUGCAAUGCCAGGUGUGCUAUGAUUUGGGUGCAGUAUACUUCCAGCAAGGUUCUACAAAUCCAGCUGUCUAUGAAAAUGCCAGGCAAAAAUUUUUUCGAACCAAAGAACUAAUUGCAGAGAUAGGUUCAUUAUCUCUUCAUUGUACCAUAGAUGAGAAGCGCUUAGCUGGCUAUUGUCAAGCGUGUGAUGUUCUUGUACCUUCUUCUGAUAGUCCAUCUCAGCAAUUGACUCCAUAUAGUCAGGUCCAUGUUUGUUUGAGAUCUGGCAACUAUCAGGAAGUAAUAAAGAUUUUCAUUGAAGAUAACUUAACCUUCAGUUUACCUGUCCAGUUCCGACAGUCAGUUCUAAGAGAACUCUGUCAGAAAGCUCAACAGGGAAAUGAAGCUCUAGAUGAAAUCUGUUUUAAAGUCUGUGCCUGUAACACAGUCCGUGAUAUAUUGGAAGGUAGAACAAUUAGUGUUCAAUUUAACCAGCUAUUUCUUAGAUCUAAUAAAGAGAAAAUAGACUUUCUUCUUGAGGUAUGUUCAAGAUCAAUAAAUUUAGAUAAAACUUCAGAUUUGUUGAAAGAAAACAUGGCAGCUUUUUUAAAGAAUGUGUGUCUGGGGUUGGAAGAUCUGCAGUAUGUUUUCAUGAUUUCUUCACAUGAGCUUUUCAUUACAUUGUUGAAAGAUGAAGAACGAAAGCUACUUGUUGAUCAGAUGAGGAAGCGGUCCCCUAGAGUAAAUCUGUGCAUUAAACCUGUAACUUCAUUUUAUGAUAUCCCAGCUUCUGCAAGUGUGAACAUCGGGCAGUUGGAGCACCAGCUUCUUUUGUCAGUGGAUCCCUGGAGGAUUCGGCAGAUUUUAAUUGAAUUACAUGGUAUGACUGCAGAGCGCCAGUUCUGGACAGUGUCUAACAAGGUAAAGGACUGUCUGUUAAGAACAGAUAAAGAUAAAGACUUUGCCCAUGCAAAACAGCUCUUCUCUGCUGGUUUGGAGUUGGUGACGGAGUUCUCACCCAAACUUCGUCAGGUCAUGCUGAAUGAGAUGCUGCUUUUGGAUAUUCAUACACACGAAGCUGGAACGGGGCAUUCAGGAGAGAGACCGCCUUCCGACCUGAUUAGUAGGGUUCGAGGCUAUCUGGAAAUGAGACUUCCUGAUAUUCCUCUUCGCCAAGUUAUAGCUGAGGAGUGUGUUGCUUUUAUGUUAAACUGGAGGGAAAAUGAGUACCUUACACUACAAGUUCCUGCAUUUCUGCUUCAGAGUAAUCCAUAUGUAAAGCUUGGGCAGCUUUUAGCAGCUACCUGCAAAGAACUUCCAGGCCCUAAAGAAAGCAGACGGACUGCUAAAGACCUUUGGGAAGUCGUUGUUCAGAUCUGCAGUGUGUCCAGCCAGCACAAGCGAGGAAACGACGGCAGAGUUAGUUUAAUAAAGCAGAGGGAGUCAACACUGGGUAUAAUGUAUCGGAGUGAACUGCUUUCUUUUAUUAAAAAAUUACGGGAACCACUGGUUUUGACUAUUAUCUUAUCGCUUUUUGUGAAACUUCACAAUGUUCGGGAGGACAUUGUGAAUGACAUUACAGCUGAACACAUUUCUAUUUGGCCAUCAUCCAUUCCCAACCUCCAGUCAGUGGACUUUGAAGCUGUGGCAAUCACAGUGAAAGAGCUCGUUCGCUACACACUCACUAUAAAUCCAAACAACCAUGCCUGGUUGAUUAUCCAGGCUGACAUUUAUUUUGCCACAAACCAGUAUUCGGCAGCUCUUCACUAUUAUCUCCAGGCAGGAGCUGUGUGUUCUGAUUUCUUUAAUAAGGCUGUGCCCCCUGAUGUUUAUACAGAUCAGGUAAUAAAACGAAUGAUAAAAUGUUGUUCUUUGCUGAAUUGCCACACACAGGUGGCGAUUUUAUGUCAGUUUCUCAGAGAAAUCGACUACAAGACAGCCUUUAAAUCACUGCAGGAACAAAACAGUCACGAUGCUAUGGACUCCUACUAUGACUACAUAUGGGAUGUUACCAUAUUGGAAUACUUGACUUAUCUUCACCAUAAAAGAGGAGAAACAGAUAAAAGACAAAUUGUGAUAAAAGCCAUUGGCCAGACAGAACUGAAUGCAAGCAAUCCAGAAGAAGUGUUACAGCUGGCAGCACAGAGAAGGAAAAAAAAGUUUCUCCAAGCAAUGGCAAAACUUUACUUUUAAGCAAUUAAGAUUUUAUUUUUUAAACGAUGGCCUAAAAAUAAACAGUAUUAAAAGAUUAAGUUUAUUAAUA